AUGAAUUUGACUAUAACAAUCGAGGGCUCUGAGCAAAUAGUAAAUUUCGAUUCGCCUGAUGGAAUGGCGUUGCUGGACGUCAAGGCGUAUCUGGAGUCCGAAACCGGGGUGGCAUCUAAGGACCAGAUCCUGGUGGCGAGCGGGCGCGAGCUGGCAGAUGAAUCGGCGUCUCUAGAGCAGCAAGGCGUUGUGGAUGGUGAUCUGCUUGUGCUUCGGAAGAGGGCUUCCGGAUCAGUGGGGCCUAUCAAUCCCCUAGAUCACAGAGUUCAGGCGCGCGAAAUGGUGGAGCGCAUUAGACAACAAGUCCUCGGCAACGCCGAAAUGAAGCGUAUGUUUCUAGCAAAUGCCCCCAAUGGUGCCGAAAUACUCCAAGAUAGAGAGCGGUUCUUUGAAGAGUACCAGCGGCAAUAUCAGACCAACCAGCUUCCUGGAAACAGCAUGCCACAACUGAAUGGAGACCCCAACUCCGAGGAAAACCAGCGCAAAAUCCUAGACAUGAUCCAGCAAUCGAAUAUCGAUGAGAAUUUGGAAAGAGCUUACGAAAUGACACCAGAGAGUUUCACCCAGGUGGAUAUGCUGUAUGUGGAUGUUGAAGUAAACAGUCAUGCUGUGAAAGCGUUCGUUGAUUCUGGUGCCCAACAAACGAUUAUUUCGCCUAGACUGGCUGAAAAAUGUGAACUAUCGCGCUUGGUCGACAAAAGAUUCGGAGGAGUAGCGGUUGGUGUUGGUUCACAACCGAUUUUGGGGAGAAUCCAUUCUGCACCUAUACGAGUUGGUAAUGUAUAUGCCCCAUGUUCUUUCACCGUUCUAGAUUCGAGUGUGGAUUUACUAUUGGGUCUUGAUAUGCUUAGGAGACACCAGGGAGUGAUCAAUCUUAAACGCAACGUUCUGGAGUUUGCUGGAGGUGAAACGGGUUUUGUCUCUCCGCCAGCUAAUGAUGAUUCCAGAUCCCAGAAAUUGGGCGGAAAUAUCGUUUCCUCGGGGGCAAUAGACCCUACACCCGCUCAGGUAUCAGACGUGAAUUCACAAGCUCGUAUUGCCAGAGAUCGGGCGUAUGCAUCCAUAAGACCGCCCGUUGCUACGCCAGCCGCCGUUGCCCCAUCUUCGGCUCCCACGCAAUCGACUGCAGAUCCGGCAAAAGUGAGGCAGCUGGUGGAAAUGGGAUUUCCAGAGAGUCAGGCCAAAGAAGCAUUGAUUUCGUGUGCUAAUAACGUUGAUCUUGCGGCUGGCAUGUUGUUUGGGCCGUAA